GACGACGAGAUCCUGCAGAUGCUGAAGCCCGCUUGUGGAGACGUACGAGCCCCUAGGCAGUUGAAUCAGACGAUCACGAAGGCCAUGCUCGAGAUUGGCUUCCUGCAGCACGCGCUGGACAGAAGCUGUUUCCUGUCGCGGACAACGACCAGCACUGUGUUGGACGGCGUGCUGGGGCUGCACGUGGACGACUUCAUCGGCGGCGGCGAGAACUUCGAGCGCGAGGAGGACCUCUAUAACAAGCAGGCGUACGAAGGCACCUUCUUGGACCGGGUGCAGAGGCUCAACCAGAGGUUCAAGUUCGGCAAACGGGAAUUCUCGAGCAGUAGCGUUUGCUGUGGCAAAGAGAACACGCAGUCGUUUUCACGUAAUGAGAUUGAGGUGAAGGCCGAGGCAUAUAUACAUAAGGUGAAGCCGAUUAGCGUCGCGAAGACGAGGAGGACACAUCCAGACGACCCGUGCACACCGAAGGAGAUCAGUCAGCUCAGAGGGCUGAACGGAGCCAUGCAGUGGCCAGCGUCUCAGUGCAUGGUCCAAACGGCGGCGACGGUACCGGUCGCGCAAGGCGACGUCAGCAAGGCGACGGUCGGCGAAGCUCAGAGCGCGGCGAACGCAGUGGACGCGCUGGAGUUUGCGAAGACUAUGCUCACGACGAUGCUCUUCCCUACGAUGCAGCUGACAGGCACGGAGAUGUUGAAGGUAUUGGGACGCAGACCAUGCAUCACGGACUGCAAGGCGCUGUACGACGUGGCGAACUCUCAGGCGGCAGCCAAAGGCUUGACGGAGCGCAGGACCGGGAUCGAGAUCUUGCAGGUCAAUGAGAAGAUGCGCGAGUUCGGGGGUGUAUGGAGAUGGACCAACACGCCCCAGCAGAUGGCGGACGGUCUUACGAAGCAGGUGCGGCAGCAAUUUGUGGAGAAGCUGAGAAGGAUGACGCACGCACUCAAGUACGACGCGACGUUCACGGCAAGCAAGAAGGCAAAUCAGGCUGAAGACGCAGAAGGCGAGGACGGCGACGAGCAUGAGGACCAGCUGAGAGAGCAUGUACGUGCGACGAUUGGCAGCACCCGUACGGCAAGGAGGAUUGCACAGAUUGUGGCUGCGGCGGCUAUGAAAUGUGUCAAAGGCGAGAAGAUCGAGAAGGUCGAGACGGAGUUUCCAUGGGUACUCGUUUCGUUGUUUGGUCUGCUGGUGGCGAUUAUACUUUGUUGUGGAUGCGCACUGGCGGCUACGUGCUGGCUCAAGUACACGACAGACCAGAAACUGAUGGACAAGGUGCGUGUGCAUCGAGAUGCACGUACGAUGGCCGAGCAGAAGGCCGACACAACGACGAUGGAGCAUAGAGCGAACGACGAGAGAGAGCCGGACAACAAGAAGCUUGUGCGGACGGCCAGCACCCAGAGCCAGUGCACGUACAGGCGUGACCUGACCACGCCGAGGUUUCAAUAUUUGCGAGAGUUUGAAAAGACGGCAUCAUUGAGUGCCGAGUUUGAGGCUUGA